AUGUCUGCCCCGCAACGCCAACCCGAGAGCGCCAUUGACGAGUCUGAGUUCGUGGAGGACCACCACGAACAUCACCAUGACUCCGUUCACCGUCGUCUGCGGGCGAAUUCCACCAUUAUGCACUUCCAGAAGAUCUUAGUAGCCAACCGUGGUGAAAUCCCCAUUCGUAUCUUCCGUACAGCACACGAGUUGUCCCUGCAAACAGUCGCCGUCUUCUCACACGAAGAUCGUCUGUCCAUGCACCGACAGAAGGCGGAUGAGGCCUACAUGAUCGGACACCGGGGUCAAUAUACUCCCGUUGGUGCCUAUCUCGCUGGUGAGGAGAUCAUUAAGAUUGCAAAGGAGCACGGCGUGCAGCUCAUUCACCCCGGUUACGGUUUCCUUUCGGAGAACGCCGUCUUCGCCCGAAAGGUCGAGGAGGCAGGCAUUGUCUUCGUAGGCCCGACCGCUGACACCAUCGAUAAGUUGGGUGACAAGGUUUCCGCUCGUCGAUUGGCCAUCAAGUGUCAGGUUCCGGUUGUUCCCGGUACCGAGGGUCCCGUCGAGCACUACGACGAUGUCAAGUCUUUCACUGAUGAAUAUGGUUUCCCCAUCAUCAUCAAGGCCGCCUUCGGUGGUGGUGGUCGUGGUAUGCGUGUUGUUCGCGACCAAGCUUCUCUCCGUGAUGCCUUCGAGCGUGCUACUUCCGAGGCCAAGUCUGCCUUCGGCAAUGGCACCGUCUUCGUCGAACGCUUCCUCGACAAGCCCAAGCACAUUGAAGUCCAACUGCUUGGUGACAACCAGGGUAACGUCGUUCACCUGUUCGAGCGUGACUGCUCCGUUCAGCGUCGUCACCAGAAGGUUGUUGAGAUUGCUCCAGCCAAGGACCUGCCUGUCGAUGUCCGUGACAGGAUUCUGGCAGAUGCCGUGAAGCUGGCCAAGUCUGUCAAGUACCGCAACGCUGGUACCGCUGAGUUCCUGGUGGACCAGCAGAACCGCUACUACUUCAUUGAGAUCAACCCUCGUAUUCAGGUCGAGCACACUAUCACCGAAGAGAUCACUGGUAUCGAUAUCGUCGCUGCCCAGAUCCAGAUUGCUGCUGGUGCUACUCUCGAGCAGCUGGGUCUUACCCAGGACCGCAUCUCUACCCGCGGUUUUGCUAUUCAGUGCCGUAUCACCACUGAGGACCCCUCCAAGGGCUUCUCCCCCGACACUGGUAAGAUUGAAGUCUACCGUUCCGCUGGUGGUAACGGUGUUCGUCUAGAUGGUGGUAAUGGUUUCGCUGGUGCUAUCAUCACCCCUCACUACGACUCCAUGUUGGUCAAGUGUACUUGCCGUGGUUCGACCUACGAGAUCUCCCGCCGCAAGAUGCUGCGUGCCCUGGUUGAGUUCCGUAUCCGUGGUGUCAAGACCAACAUUCCCUUCCUUGCCUCUUUGCUGAGCCACCCUACUUUCAUCGAUGGUACUUGCUGGACCACUUUCAUUGAUGACACUCCUGAGCUGUUUGCUCUGGUCGGCUCUCAGAACCGUGCUCAGAAGCUGUUGGCCUACCUGGGUGACGUUGCUGUCAACGGCAGCAGCAUCAAGGGCCAGAUGGGCGAGCCUAAGCUCAAGACCGACAUCAUCAAGCCUAUCCUCAAGGAUGCUUCCGGCAAGCCUCUCGAUGUCACCCAGCCCUGCCUCAAGGGUUGGAAGCAGAUCCUCGACAGCCAGGGCCCAGAUGCCUUCGCUAAGGCCGUCCGUGCCAACAAGGGCUGCUUGCUCAUGGACACCACCUGGCGUGAUGCCCACCAGUCUCUUCUGGCUACCCGUGUUCGUACCAUUGAUAUGCUGAACAUUGCCCAUGAGACUAGCCACGCCCUCCAGAACGCCUACUCUCUGGAGUGCUGGGGUGGUGCCACCUUCGAUGUCGCCAUGCGUUUCCUCUACGAGGACCCCUGGGACCGUCUUCGCAAGCUCCGCAAGGCUGUGCCCAACAUCCCCUUCCAGAUGCUGCUGCGUGGUGCCAACGGUGUCGCCUACUCCUCCCUUCCCGACAACGCCAUCUACCACUUCUGUCUGCAGGCCAAGAAGUACGGUGUUGACAUCUUCCGUGUUUUCGAUGCCCUUAACGACGUUGACCAGCUCGAGGUUGGUAUCAAGGCUGUCCAGCAGGCUGGCGGUGUGGUCGAGGCCACCAUUUGCUACAGUGGUGACAUGUUGAACCCCAGCAAGAAGUACAACCUGGAGUACUACCUUUCUCUGGUUGACAGAAUCGUCAAGCUUGGCACCCACGUUCUGGGUAUCAAGGAUAUGGCUGGUGUCCUGAAGCCCCAGGCUGCCCGUCUCCUGGUUGGUACUAUUCGUGAGAAGUACCCCGACCUUCCUAUCCACGUUCACACCCACGACUCCGCCGGUACUGGUGUUGCCUCCAUGAUUGCUUGCGCCCAGGCUGGCGCUGAUGCCGUCGAUGCCGCCACUGACAGUCUGUCCGGUAUGACCUCUCAGCCCAGCAUUGGUGCCAUCCUGGCUUCCCUCCAGGGAACUGAGAACGACCCCGGUCUGGACCUGGGCCAUGUUCGCGCCCUUGACACCUACUGGGCUCAGCUUCGUCUGCUCUACUCUCCCUUCGAGGCUGGUCUCACCGGUCCCGAUCCCGAGGUUUACGAGCACGAGAUCCCCGGUGGUCAACUCACCAACCUGAUCUUCCAGGCCUCCCAACUGGGUCUCGGUCAGCAGUGGGCCCAGACCAAGAAGGCCUACGAGUCUGCUAAUCUCCUGCUGGGCGAUAUUGUCAAGGUCACCCCCACCUCCAAGGUUGUCGGUGACUUGGCCCAGUUCAUGGUCUCCAACAAGCUGACCUCCGAGGAUGUCAUCGACCGUGCCGGCGAGCUUGACUUCCCUGGCUCCGUCCUGGAGUUCCUUGAGGGUCUGAUGGGUCAGCCCUUCGGUGGCUUCCCCGAGCCUCUGCGCUCCAAGGCCCUGCGUGACCGCCGCAAGCUCGAGAAGCGUCCCGGUUUGUACCUGGAGCCUCUGGACCUCGUCCAGAUCAAGAAGGACAUCCGCGAGAAGUGGGGCUCCGCUACCGAGUGCGACGUCGCCUCCUAUGCCAUGUACCCCAAGGUCUUCGAUGACUACCGCAAGUUCGUUUCUAAGUUCGGUGACCUUUCCGUCCUGCCUACUCGCUUCUUCCUGGCUCGUCCCGAGAUCGGUGAGGAGUUCCACGUCGAGCUUGAGCAGGGUAAGGUUCUUAUUCUGAAGUUGCUGGCUAUCGGUCCUCUCUCUGAGCAGACUGGUCAGCGUGAGGUCUUCUACGAAGUCAACGGUGAGGUCCGUCAAGUCAGCGUUGACGACCAGAAGGCUUCCAUUGACAACAUUGCUCGUCCUAAGGCCGAUGCCGCUGACAGCAGCCAAGUCGGUGCUCCCAUGAGCGGUGUUGUUGUUGAGAUCCGUGUCCACGACGGCCACGAGGUUAAGAAGGGUGACCCCAUUGCGGUGCUGAGCGCCAUGAAGAUGGAAAUGGUUAUCUCCGCCCCUCACAGCGGUAAGGUCGAAUCUCUCCAAGUCAAGGAGGGCGACUCUGUCGAUGGCCAGGAUCUUGUUUGCAAGAUUGGCAAGGCCUAA